UAAUCUUUGGCAGUAUUCCUCUUUCUCUCUCUAAUUAGGGAAGGUGAACAUAAUUAAUUAGUACAGUGUAUAUAUAAGUGCAACAAUACCUUACUGUAUUUUAUUAUUUCCUCUAUAAUUGUAUAUUUCUCUCUCUAAUUAGGGAAGAUGAACAUAAUUAAUUAGUACAGUGUUUAUACAAGUGUAACAAUACCUAUUUUAUUUAUUAAAUUAUUUAUUUGGUCAGUUAUUGGCAUUUCUCUUAACUCUACAGUAGAAACGGUUCUAUGGCAAGCACAGCUCUGUGCUUUCGCCAGCUUUAGAGCUCAGAGUUGCAGAAAAUAAGUGGGCAAAAAAAAAGGGGAUUUCUUUUUCUUUUUAUUUUGGAAAAAAGAGGAAAAAGAUUGCUUGGUUUUUGGGUUUUCUGUAGAUUAGAAGUAUAUUCUUAUUGCUUGAAAUUUACUGCAAUUUUUCUGGGUGUUCUGUGAUUUUAAGCAAAAUCACAAUUUCUUUUUUGGGGGGUUAAUUUCUUUGUUCUUGGUUUAAAUUAAAUGGGUGUGUUUGAAUUUCUAUGAUUAAGGAGUUCAGAGAUUAGGCUUUUACACUACUUCAUGGGAUGGGGUUGAUGCUGCAAGUUACUUGGCAAUUGAUGAAUCUGUUUUUCAUCAUUGCUACUGUUGUUCUUAUUCCAGGAUCUUCAGGUUUUAGCGAACCUCUUUCACUGGAGUCUUCGUCUCCAAUUCCUUCCAUAGAAGCACAAGUACCUACUUCCAUACUUGAACGAGGGCCACUACAAAAUGGUUCCGUUGUUCAACCUCCUGUAUAUCCAUCAAUCAAGUCCCCUCCUGUAGCCGAGUUAUCACAUGAUUUGGCACCGCCUUUACCAGCUGCUGAGCCUCCACACUAUUCAACUGCACCUCCAAAUGCCGAGCCAUCAUAUAAUUCAACUAUUACCCCGUCUGCGAAUCCACCAAUGGCCAUACCUCAACUGCCAACGGUUGAACCACCAGAGGCUUUACCUGUACCAUCUCCUUUAUCACCACCUGAUGUUUCACAGCGUACUUCAAACAUGCAGUCCCCUCCUCUGCCCGCUGCUGAGGCCCCAGCUAUUUCAACUCCACCAACUGUUUUGGCCCCGUCAACUGUUUUGGCCCCACCAACUGUUUUGGCCCCACCAACUGCUUCCCCUCAACCACUAGUUGCGAAGCCUCCUACUAGUUCAGCUCUUCCACUGGCUGCGAAGCCACCAGAUCAGCCCCCGUCGCCUGUUGUAGGAACACCACAUGCUUCAGUUAUCCCACCGGCUGCAAAAUCGCCCGUGGCUGUACCUCAAUUUCCAACUGCUGAACCACCAAUUGCCGAGGCCCCAGUUAUUUCAACUCCACCAACUGUUUUGGCCCUGCCAUAUGCUUCACCUCAACCACUAGUUACUCCAUCACCACCACCACUACCACCACAACCGACUCCAUCACCACCACCAGAAACAUCUUCAUCACCACCACCAGAAGUUUCACAACAUAAUUCAACCAUGCUGCCCCCUCCUGCUCCUGCUGCCGAGGCCCCAGUUAACUUAACUCCACCGACUGUUUUGGCCCCUUCGCAUGCUUUACCUCAGCCACCACCAGCCAAGCCUCCUCGUGGUUCAUCUCUUCCAUUGGCUGCAAACCCACCAUAUCUUAUGCCUCCAUUGCCUGUUGCAGAACCACCACACCCUUCAGCUGCUGCAAAUCCGCCAGGUGUCGUCCCUCAACUUCCAACUGCUCAACCACCAGAAUCUCCUUCACCACCACCGAGAGUUCCACACCAAACUUCAACCAUGCAACCCCCUCUUCCUGUUCCUGCUGCUGAGGCCCCACUUAACUCCAAUCCACCGACUGUUUUGGCUCCAACUCACGUUUUACCUCAGCCACCAGUUGCUAAGCCUCCUCAUAGUUCAGCUCUUCCACUGGCUGCAAAACCACCAGACCCUAACCCCCCUAUGCCUGUUGCACCUCCACCACAAGGAUUGAAUUUCACACCUCCUACAAAGGCAUCGCCAGUUUUACCUUUGCUACCCCCUGCAUUGCCGCCACAGCCUUUAUAUACACAGCCUCCUCCUGCUCCUCUGCCUCAAUUGGGUAUGACAAAUGCAUCAUCUCCUCUACCUCAAUUGGUGCCACCAUAUCUACCAUCUUCCCCACCACAAUCAGAAUCUGUCCCACCACCUUAUACAUUGGCUCCCCCGCCACAACUGGUCUCACCACCAGCUCCUCCUCCAACUUCUACAGCGCCUUCAAAUGCUUCCCGUCUUCCUCCUUCGAUGGCGCCUCCUUUUGCGGACCCUCCUACAACUUUACCUUCACCAUCCCCUCUGCCACCAAAUGUUUUAUCUUCUCCCCCGCCUCAACUAUUGCCACCAGUUCUAUCUUCACCUCCCCCUCAACUGAUCCCACCAAAUAUAUCAUCUCCUUUACCUCAACCAAUCCCAGCAAUUGUGCCUUCUCCUCCACCUCAACUAACCCCACCAAAUAUGUCAUCUCCUUUACCUCAACCGAUCCCAGCAAUUCUGCCUUCUCCUCCACCUCAACUAACCCCACCGAUGGUAUCUUCCCCUCCACUGCAACUGGUCCCACCACUUGCUUCUCCUCCAACUUCUGUGUUGCCCUCAAAUGCUUCAGUUCCGCCGUCAUCUUUUAUGAUACCUCCACCAGAUUUACCUUUAUACCCCCCAGCUGCUCCACCCCAUGCUUCAGCUAUGUUGUCACCUCCUAUGCCAUCACAUGCAUCACCUCCCUUACCUCAACUGGUCCCAUCACAUUCCUCAUCACCUCCCUAUGUUUUGCCUGCACCACCACCAUUAGAGUUACCUAACAUCUCCCCUCCACGUUCGUCCAUUGUACCAGGAGCAGUUUCACCUCAUGUUUCUCCCCCUUCUCCUUUCUUGACUCCUCCACCUUCUGUGCCAUCACAUUCCUCUGUUCCACCUUCUCCAGCAACGGAAAAAGCUGUUCCCUCUGCACCACCCCGUUCUUCUCAAAGGAAAGAAACACAAGAAGGAGCUCCCCCACCAUCACUAAUUUCUCCAGAGAAAUCACCCCCUUCAAGACCGUUGCCAGAAGGUGCGCCACCUGCCCAUCAAGUUACUCCAAGAUCUCUUCCUCCAAUCUCUCAUCAGGCAGAAGCACCAAAGCAGGCUCCCAUCUCAAGACUAAAUGCUUCAGAGCCUGAUACCUCUCCAUCAUCCACCCCACCUCCAAGCAAUAACCCUAUCAAUGGUAGACAUUCUUCAAUGGCACCUCCAGGUAGAGCACCAGAUCAAUCACCAGAGGGCAAACUUUCACCACAUCAUGCUCCGUCAGAACCUAAAUUUGAGAGAUUCAAUGCAACUGCUCCUGCCCCAUUUUCGUCCACAGUGUAUCCUGCACGUAACAAAUCACAUCAUUCACUACGGCAUUCCCCAGAUAAAGGAUCUCCGACAGCUAUGGCCCCUUUACCAUCUCCUCCAGGAAUUCCUGAAAUCACUCCUGCACCUUCACCUCUCCCGAAGGCCCCACCUAGCCAUUCGGGAAUUCCCUUUCUCUCUCCUAAAAUUUCUCCUUCUGGGUCUUCAACAAGGGAAAUGAAGAAACACCUUGCACCAACAAUUCGGGCAUUACCGCCUCCACCUCCCAAUGCAGAUUGUGCUUACCUUACAUGCCCCGAGCCUUUUACAAAUACACCUCCGGGAUCACCCUGUGGUUGUGUUUGGCCAAUGCAAGUUGGGCUACGCCUUAGUGUGCCUUUGUACACUUUUUUCCCGUUGGUGUCAAAAUUGGCCACGGAAAUUUCAACCGGGGUAUUUAUGAAACAAAGUCAAGUUCGCGUAAUGGGAGCCAAUGCAGCAAGCCAGGAAUCAGAUAAAACUAUUGUCCUAGUUGACUUGGUACCCCUUGAUGAGAAAUUUGACAACAUUACAGCAUUUUUGACAUUUCAGAGAUUCUGGCACAAGCAGGUAGUCAUAGACAAGUCCGUUUUUGGUGAUUAUGAAGUACUGUACGUACGUUAUCCAGGUCUUCCCGCGUCUCCACCUAUGGCUCCUGCCGACAUUGCGGUAAUUAGUGGCAUGCCUUACUCUGUUCAAGACCCUAAUCAGAGUAAAGUGCAUCCUCUGGGAGUUGAUGUGCCAAAGCAGAACCAUAAACGCAGACUUAGUGGCAUUGUUAUUGCAGCUAUAGUUUUUUCAGCAAUUGUUUGUGUGUUGAUUUGCUGUUCUGUUGCAUGGUUAUUGGUAUUCAGACAUACAAACCGUGAUCCUCAACCAGCACUAAGGCCACUAACUCCACGUGGUCUACCUUCACUUGGAAGAUCAUCAGGGCCUACUGUAAAUUCAGUUGUAAGUGGUCCGGGUUCUUCGUUGUCAAUUGGAUCUAGCCUUGGGACGUAUGCUGGAACAGCUAAGACGUUCAGUGCAAGCGAAAUUGAAAAGGCCACUGAUUUCUUCAGUCCUUCAAGAAUAGUCGGUGAAGGCGGUUUUGGUCUUGUUUAUGGUGGUGUUCUAGAAGAUGAAACUAGUGUUGCUGUAAAGGUUCUUAAGAGAGAUGAUCAGCAGGGAGGUCGGGAGUUCUUGGCUGAAGUUGAAAUGCUUAGCCGCCUUCACCACAGGAAUUUGGUCACGUUAAUCGGCAUUUGUACAGAUGAGCACUUACGUUGCUUAGUUUAUGAACUUAUUCCCAAUGGCAGUGUUGAAUCUCAUCUACAUGACAAAGAAACCGCUUCCCUUGAUUGGGCUUCUCGGAUGAAGAUAGCACUUGGUGCCGCACGUGGUCUUGCCUAUUUGCAUGAAGACUCCAGUCCUCGAGUCAUUCAUAGGGAUUUUAAGUCUAGCAACAUCUUGUUAGAAAAUGAUUUCACGCCAAAAGUCUCAGACUUUGGCUUGGCUCGUUCUGCAACAGAUGAAGAAAAUCAACAUAUCUCUACACGAGUUAUGGGGACUUUUGGGUAUGUGGCUCCAGAGUACGCUAUGACAGGACACCUUCUCGUAAAGAGUGACGUCUACAGUUAUGGAGUCGUUCUUCUCGAGCUUUUAACCGGAAGAAAGCCCGUAGACAUGUCACAACCACCGGGCCAAGAAAACCUAGCCUCAUGGACAAGGCCAUUCCUAACCACCAAGGAAGGAUUAGAAUUGAUCCUUGACCCGACCCUAGGACCCGAUGUAUCUUUAGAUAGUGCGGCGAAAGUGGCAGCAAUUGCCUCGAUGUGUGUGCAACCCGAGGUAUCCCACCGUCCUUUCAUGGGCGAGGUUGUACAAGCGUUGAAGCUGGUUUGCGAUGAAUGUGAUGAUGACUCAAAGGACGGCAACGGCAACUCUAGACGUGGCAGCCGUGAAAACUUAUCAGCAGAUUUUGAUGAUGAUGAUGAUAAAGCAAGCCGAAGCCCGGUUUCAGAGACACAGGAUUAUUUACCGGCAUCAUAUUCUUUCCAAAACUAUCAUCAUUCUGUAUCAUCAGAUGUUGAGAAGGGUAUGUCAGUGUCUGAAAACUUCAGUAAAUCAGCAAGGACAGAUAGGCAGCAGACAUCAGAUUCUUUCCGGAGAGUACAGUCUGCGUCAGGUCCUCUGAAGACGACGAGGGCGGGCCGGAAUUUUUGGCAGAGAAUCAGGCUGUCUAAUGGAAGUGUAAGUAAAGAAGGCUGCGGGACAGAUCAGGCUGCGGGUCGAGCCUACGGAUCGUGGGCAUGAACAAGUGAACAGUCCAGCCCCACACAAAGCCCACUCUGCCCGGGUCCACGGGCCCUUAUAUCGUGCCAGACCGGGCCUAUCAUGUUUGUCGUAUCAGGUCGGUGCGUCGGGCCUAGCGUGCUUUGUCAUGCCGGGCAGCGUCGUGCCAUGCCUAGUCGGGCUUUUUGCCAUGACUUCGUGUUCGUGUCGGGUCGGGCCUCGGGGCAUCUUUAAGUGAAAGUGAGCAUGGUACCAUGUAUAGGUUAUGGGCAGGGUCACUGAAAAUGUUCAAAAACAACUUCAACUGUUCUGUUGUUUUAGUUUAGAAUUUUUACGAGGUAAUUAGGCAUUUCGUUUUCUUUUAUGUUAAUAUGUUUACCGAAGGAUUGGAGAUGGAUACGAAUAUUCACGGGACGUUCUUGGAGGUGUUGUUUAUAAGUUUACUCAAGGAUGAAGGUUAGAAGACAAGAGUAAUAGUUGAACAUAUGGUGUUAAAAGAGGUAAAGGCAUUCCAUCUGUUUUAUUGAAAUGUAUAGAAGAUUUUGUAACAAUUGUAGUUUUUUGGAGCAGCUUUAAGUCUUUAACUGAAAGUUGCAAUGUAAAAAUAGUUUCUACUUAUUGUUAUUAUUAUGAAUUGCUAAUAAAAUUGCCAAAAAUGACCCCCUUGGAAAAGGAAA